AUGCAUCUCAAGAAUGUGUUGACUCCAAUCGCUUUGGUGGCUGUUGUUGGUGCUGCCCGAAGUAUACGAGAUGUUGAGCCAUGUGCUCAAAUUAGCAAGUUGGUUGAUGACGCCAAUCAAGACAAAAGAAAUGCAAUCGUACCCCAUGAUCUGGCACAUCGGUGUUUGCUAUCUAUGCCAUUUGAGUCAGACCGCGCCGUUGAUUUCCUGAUUCAGGUUCGCAAGAUCCUCGAGUUCCAGUCAACUAUCGAUAUUUUGAAGAAUCCCCCAUCGGGGUAUACAAUGCCUUCAACGGAUAUCAUGGGUGAAAUCGACACAAUCAUGGCCAAGGCCCGGAGCAACAGCUAUACCAGCCAAUUUGAGAUGGACUUGGAAAUUAACCACCUUAUCAAAACGGCUCAUGAUGGUCACUUGGCCUUCCAGCUAUGCUCGCAGUCAAUCUUCAAGUAUCAAAUCGAUAUGCCUUUAGUAUCGAUCUCAACAGAUGGACUCGCACUUCCCCAGGUGUACGCUUUAGGUGAUGCAAAACUACAAAAGGUCAACCCAGACGCCGUCUCGCCUCUGGUGGCCAUCAACGACACUGAUGUGGCUACAUACCUUGAAUCAUAUGCCAAUGACCAGAACCUCCAGGAUCGCGACGCACAGUACAAUCGAGUAUUCCCCGCGCCAGCCCGCAGUGUCACCAAUACUCCUAUCAGUGUGAAUGGAAUAUGGGCUUCCAUUGGAGACUGGACUGACGGCGCUCAGCUAUCCCUCAAGUUUGGCAAUGGCACUGAAAAGACAAUUCAGAAAACAGCCACACCGAACGAAAAGUUCUUUUCUUACGAUAACGGCACGCAUCUCUACAACAUAGCGUGUCUUCCUCGAGACUUAUCUACGGCUUCGACCAGCCCAUCCGGCGCCGAGGAAGCCUCCUCCGACCUACCAGGAUUUCCCACCACUAGCUGGCGCAACUCAGCGAAUUCAAUUGCUGGAUAUUACUCCAACUUAUCAGGGCUGGAGGACACAUCAAUCAUCUUUCUGCCCACCUUCUCGUCCAGCGCAGCAGAGGUCGCUAAGAUCGCGACUGACUUCUUGCAAAAUAGCACCGAAGGCGGAAAGAAGAACCUCUUAAUUGACCUCUCCUCCAACCCCGGCGGAUACAUAUCUAUUGGCAUCGACCUAUCCCGCAUCCUCUUCCCCGAAGUUGCCCCAUACACAGCAACUCGGUUUCGAGCCCACGAAGCAGCCAAAUUCCUCACAAAGGCAUACUCACGCGACAACAACACAGACACAAGCAAUGUAUUCGCAUAUCGACAGAUGGUGCGACCAGACCAGAAAACCAGCUUCAGCUCGUGGGAAGAUCUCUACGGGCCACACAAAGUUCUAGGAAGCUCUGCCUCCAGUCUACUAGCCAACUUCAACUACACCUCCACAUCUACAAAGGUGUUCCCAAUCAACGGUUACGGGCCCGUUCCAUUGAACCCAAGCAAAUCACCCUUCUCGGCGGAGGACAUCGCCAUAAUCACGGACGGCGACUGUGUCUCGACUUGCGCGUUCUUCGUCAAGCUGAUGAAACGCCAGGGCGUCCGGACCAUCACAUUCGGCGGCCGUCCACGAAAGGCGCCUAUGCAGGGUGUUGGCGGUGUCAAGGGCGGCCAGUCGCUCGGGGUCAACUAUAUCAACGGAUAUAUUGAGCAAGCGAAUGGACUGAUUAGAGACUCUGUCAACAGUGGAUCUCCACUCUUGACCCCUGCCGAGUGGAAGGCAUUCAAUGAGUCCAGCCCGAGUACGACAGCCUCGCUUCAGUGGAGUGGGAAUUUGAAUUUGCGGAAUGAGUAUGACCCGGAGGAUAGUGAGACUCCGCUGCAGUUUGUUUAUGAAGCUGCUGAAUGUCGGCUGUUCUAUACGCUGGAUAAUUAUGUGGAACGAGAGACUGUUUGGCAGGCUGCGGCGAAGGCUAUGUUUGGGGGUGGGCAAUGUGUAGAGGGAUCGACCAACGGGAAGGGUAGUUUGGAUUCUUGA